AAGCCCACAGACACUUGUUCAACAGUUCUCAGUGAAUCUGCAUGAUUCAUGGGUUCACUUUAUCAUCGCCCUCUACCGGUGAACCAUUGACAUUGAAAACUGUUUUAAAAACGUUCAGAAACAGUGAUGACGUAAUGAAGCCUCGUUUUCUGAAAUCACGUGACUUUGGCAGUUUGAUACACGCUCCGAAUCACUGAUUCGACACAAAAGAUUCAUAAAGCUUCGGAGACGGAGCCUAAUGAAGCAGUGUUUCGAAAUCGGCCAUCACUGGCUGUUCCUUCAGCUCUUCUGUCGCUUUAUUACCAAAUCUUCAGCGUUUAUGAUCACAUUUAUGGCUUUUUGUUGUUUAAUUGUAGCAUUUAGGAACUUGGGAAAUGAGGAACUGUUGUAAUUUGAAACCGUUCACCGAAAUGCCAAAAAAUAUACAUAUGACAUGGACAGUUAAGUUUCUUCUGGUUGUUCUCCUGGAGUCUGGUGUGUUUGUUGCUGAUGCAGUGAAGUCAGAGUCAGUGACUGAGGGAGAAUCAGUCUCUCUGAACUCUAGUGUCACUCAAAUACAGACACAUGAAGAGAUCGAGUGGAAGUUUGGUGACAUUCUCAUAGCUACAGUAAUGAACAACAAGAAUGUGUUUUAUGAUAUUGAUGAUGAGAGAUUCAGAGACAGACUGAAACUGGAUCAGACUGGAUCUCUGACCAUCAUCAACAGCAGAACCACAGACUCUGGACUUUAUACAGUCUCCAGCAGCAGAACAGACACGAUCAACACGAUCAAUCUCACUGUCUAUGCUCGUCUGCCUGUUCCUGUCAUCAGCAGUAACUCUUCACAAAAUUCUUCAUCAUCAUCAUCAUCAUGUUCAUUGGUGUGUUCAGCUGUGAAUGUGAGUCAUGUGACUCUCUCCUGGUUCAAAGGAAACAGUGUAUUCUCCAGCAUCAGAGUGUCUGAUCUCAGCAGCCGGUCUGAUCUUCUUCUCCAUCUGGAGUGUGUGGAUGAUUCCUACAGCUGUGUGCUGAACAAUCCCAUCAGAAACCAGACUCAACACCUCAACAACACUCAACUCUGUCACACAUGUGCUGCAGACCGUAUCCACUGUUGUGGCUUUACUGAAGCUGUGAUCCGAUUGGCUCUCUCUGCUCUGGUGGGCGUGGCUACUGUGGUUGUUCUGGUUCAUGACUUCAGAUCCAGAAGUCUUCAACAGAAGAAGAGCGUCCAGAAAUAACCAUCAAACUCUGAUUAAUCUCUCAGGAAGGUAGAGAUGUUCUUGAACAACUGUAGACAUGAUAUUAUAAGAAAUAUCAUUUUAAAAAUUAUUAUCAUUUUUUUCAGCAUCUAAACUCUCAUUUUUAGUUUACUCCUUUUCUAAUUUUCACAUCAGUUGUGUUUGUUUGUCACUUUUCACAAUAUAAAUCAUUUUAAAGCAGAUUUUCAAAUUUUGCCUUAAAAUAUACACUGUGACAAAUCAAUAUAUAUACACACAGUCAAACCAAAAAUUAUUCAGACAUUUUUUAUAAAAAAUUUUAAGAAUUUUGUAAAUUCUUCAUACAGUGGACUAGCAGUAAAAUUGAUAAAAAAUCUGGGACCAAAUAAUAACAUGAAAAUGUAAUAUUUUGUAUGUCCUCCUCUGGCCUUGAUAACAGCUUGCGUUCUUGCUGGUUUGUUUUCAUGUACUUUUACACAGUUUCUGUUGUUAGUGACUGUAACUGGACAUCUGAAUAAUAGUUUAAAAAAAGUAAAGUGAUUUACUAUUUUUUUCUGCCUUUCUUAUUAAACAGUAAAUUUGAAAAUUUGCAAGCUCAAAUAAUCCCGCUCAAUGAGAUAAUAAUCUUGAAAACUGUUAUCUAAAUAAAAGCAUUAAUAAGAUUAUUACUUGUGUUUGCUGACAGAUUGUUGGGGUUAUGAUAUGUUUUUAAAUUCCUUUAUUUUUAUAGUUUAUUGGAGUAUGAAUGAAUAUACUGAAAUGUCUGUCUCCAUUUCACUGUUAUAUUUAUGACAACAGAAAAAUACCAUGAUAUUGAUCAAACUUUUGUUGUAAGCCAUGAUUAAUGGUCAGUUUGUUUAACUUAAUUUGUAUUUUUUAUAUAGGUAAAUGUAAUGGGUUUUUUUUGUUUUGUUUUUCCUGUUGGUUUUCUUCUCAUGUUUUUGUUUUUAGUGUGAACAGACAGACUUUAAUAAGUGGAAAUCCUUUCCUUUGAAUAGACAAGUGAUUAUAUUUGUUAGAUUAUUUAGUUUUUAGUCAGGAGAGCUUGUUUUUAAUUGUUAUUUUGGGUCAAGUGCACAUUUUAAAGAUUUCUUCUUGUGAAAUAAAACAAUAAAUCAUUUAAAGGUU